CCUGUACUAAGGAAUGGAAUUCCAUGGAGUCAGCAAACUUAAUUACCUUUGUUCGAAAUGAAAGAUGAAGAAAAGGAUGAAGGAUCUUUCCUCUACAAAUGCUCAAGACAAAAGGAAGAAUUUAACCAAAAGUAUGGCACCUCACAUAGAUCUGGAUCCUUUAAGUCUAACUGCAGAGACUGUUACAACACCACUCCAGCUUUUUCCUUUUGCCUGUCAAGAUGAAAAGAAGAAAGCUACAGAAAAUUGUACAGAUCAAGUUGCAAAUGAGUCAGUAGUAUUGAAGGAUGUGAAAUCAAAAAGAAACAUGACAUGGUACAUAGCUAACAGAAACUAUACAACAACUACACCUGGCGUCAAGAACAGUUGUAAAAGUUCAUCUCAGAUUUUUCACAUACCUCUUGAAAAAUGGCCUUACAAAUGUAAAAUAUGUGAAAAAUAUUUCAAAUCAAAUAGUAAAUUAGAAAAGCACUUUAAUGCUUAUCACCCAAAUUUGAAAAUGCCAAAGCAAAAACAUCUUAUCACUGAAAUGUUGCAGCCGAAAAAUAAUGCUAUUGUGCGCCAGCCAAGUGGUACAAGCAUGCAACAAACAUGUGCCUCAAACAUACAGAAACCAAUUAAAGCUAUUCUGCGGCAGACCACUGGCAUAAGGAAGCAAUGGACAUCUAACACAACACACAUACAAAAACCAGUUCAAACUAAUAUGUGGCAGCAAACUGAUACUGUUACAUGGCAGACAACUAAUUACAGUGGACAACAGCCAACUGAUGCAGAAGUGCAUAUGGAAAGUAAAACUUGUGACAAGCAGCAGCUCACUGACUUGGCAAAAAGACAGACAACAGGGACCACCGGUGAGAAGCAGUCCAAUGAUGCAGUUGUGUUGCAGUCAACUAGCAGCAAUAUGAGUUGGACGAUUGAUAAAGUCCAGAACCCAGUUCAUCCUAAUGUGAAUCAGCCAACUGAUACAUUUGUGCUGAAACCAACGGAUGCUGUUGAGCAACGACCAUCUAAGACUGAUGCACAGCAGACAAAUGAAAUCAAUGUGCAGCAGCCAACCUUUAACAUUUUAUGCCAUAAAACUUAUACUAAUGUACAACAUUCAUAUAAGGCAGCCAGCUACAAAUCAACUAAUGCCACUAUGAAAUGGAAAAAUGAGACAGUUAUGGAGAAAAAAACUGAUACUUUUGAACAACAGUCAACCGAUGCUAUUAUGCAGCAGUCAACCGAUGCAAUUAUGCAGCAGUCAACUGGCACCAAUAUGCAGAAGCUAACUGGUGGUGUUAAACAGCAACUAUUAAAUUCUGAUUUGCAGCAGCCAAGUGAUGGCAUUUUUCGUCAGAAAAAAAACACCAAUGUGCGACAGAGGGCUGGUGCGGAGAAGCAACGGUCAACUUACAUUUUUGUGCGGCAGAAAACAGGCAAGGAUGUGAAAUCAAAAAGAAACAAGAAUUGUGCAUCUAUUACACGUGUCAUCAAGCUGAAUUGCACAAGUUCAUCACAGUUUCUACACAUACCGCUUGAUAAAUGGCCACACAAAUGUGAAAAAUGUAAAACAUGUUUCAAAUCAAGUAGUACAUUAGAAAAGCACUUUAAAAUACAUCAUCCAAAGUCGGAAAUGAUGAAGCAAAUACACAAUGUAAGUAACAUUUUGGAGCCAACAAAUAAAUCUGUUGUACGACAGCCAGGUAAUACCAGGAAACUGAAAACUAAUGCAAACGUACGCAAGCCAAUUCAAGCUGUUGUGAAACAGCAAACUAACUCUGUUAUAAAGGAGACAACUGAUGCAGUUGUUCCAGUUUAUCCUAUUGUGCAGAAACCACUUAAUGUUCGGCAGACAACUGAUGUUGUUGUGCAACACACAAUUGAGACAGCCAUACAGAAGCCAAAUGAUGCUGUUGAGAAGCAGCCCAUUGACACUGAUGUGCAGCACACAACUGAUUCCGUUAUACAACAGACAACUGAGACAGCCAUUCAGAAGCCAACUGAUGCUGUUGAGAAGCAGCCAAUAGACACUGAUGUGCAGCAGACAACUGAAACAGCCAUUCAGAACCCAACUGAUGCCAUUAUACAACAGACAACUGAGACAGCCAUUCAGAAUCCAAGUGAUGCUGUUGAGAAACAGUCUAUUGACAUGUACAUGCAGCAGACAACUGGUGCUAUUGAGAAGCAGCCCAUUGACACUGAUGUGCAGCAGACAACUGAUGCUGUUAUGCAACAGGCAACUGAAACAGCCAUUCAGAACCCAACUGAUGCCAUUAUACAACAGACAACUGAGACAUCCAUUCAGAAGCCAACUGAUUCUGUUGAGAAGCAGCCCAUUAACACUGAUGUGCAGCAGACAACUGAUGCUGUUAUGCAACAGGCAACUGAAACAGCCAUUCAGAACCCAACUGAUGCCAUUAUACAACAGACAACUGAGACAGCCAUUCAGAAUCCAAGUGUUGCUAUUGAGAAGCAGCCCAUUGACACUGAUGUACAGCAGACAACUGAUGCUGUUAUGCAACAGGCAACUGAAACAGCCAUUCAGAACCCAACUGAUGCCAUUAUACAACAGACAACUGAGACAGCCAUUCAGAAUCCAAGUGAUGCUAUUGAGAAGCAGCCCAUUGACACUGAUGUGCAGCAGACAACUGAUGCUGUUAUGCAACAGGCAACUGAAACAGCCAUUCAGAACACAAUUGAUGCCAUUAUACAACAGACAACUGAGACAACCAUUCAGAACACAAUUGAUGCCUUUAUACAACAGACAACUGAGACAACCAUUCAGAAGCCAACUGGUGAUGUCGAGAAACAGCCAAUAGACACUAAUCUGCAGCAGACAAAUGAUCCCGUUAUACAACAAACAACUGAGACAUCUCCGGCAAGCAUAUGGAAGCCAACUAAUGCUCUUGAGAAGCAGCCCAUUGACACUGAUGUGAAACAGCCAUUUAGUGAUAUUGUGAAGCAGACAACUAAUUCUUUAGUACAACAGACAUUUGACAAUGCCUUGCAACAUUUCAAUGACUUGGUCGAACAGAAGCCGAUCCUUGACACUGUUCAGCACUCAAGUGAUGUCACUGUGCAACAUACAGCUGGUGCUGUUGUGCCACAUGUAACCUAUAUCAUUAUGCUGAAGUCAACUGAUAUUGUUGGAGGUCAACUGAAUGAAAAUAUAUGUUUAAAGCCCAUCAAUAACAUUAAGCAGCACCGAACUAAGCCGAAGUCCAGUUCAGUCAAACAUAGAAAAAUUGCCCAAGAGAAACAAACGCCCAGGAAGCGAAUUAGAAAACUCUGUCCUAAAAAGCAAUAUUUAUGCCAUGAAUGUGGCGAGGUCUUUCAAUAUAAGGGUAUAUUAUAUAAGCAUGAAAAAACUCACCGCAAGAUGAAAGAAGUGGUUAGUUAUAGGAAGAGGCAACAUAUGCGGUCAGACGACCCUGAAAAAGUGCCUGAGGAAGAAAUACAUGAGAUGAGACAAGCAGAAGAAAUUACGUUUUGUUGUAAUGUUUGUGGAAAAUCUUAUAUCACUAAAAAGUACUUUCUACAGCAUCUACGUAUGCAUUUAAAUACAAAACUUAAGUGUGACACUUGUGGAAUGGUAUUCAAAAGAAUUGGAAAUUUAAAAACUCAUCAACGAGUUCACUCUAACAUUAGACCCUAUGAGUGUGAUAUAUGCCUCAAGACUUUAACUUCAAAGGGUGCCUUGAGGAAACAUAAAAUAUCUCAUUUAGAGAAAAAACCGUUUGUUUGUAAAACAUGUAAUAGAAGUUUUUCACAAAAAGUGUGCUUGGACAUGCAUGAAAGUCGCCACCCAGGCUAUACCAUGCCUUAUUUGUGUUAUGUUUGUGGGGAAAGAUUUUUGUGGCCUUUCUUACUUUUGCAGCACGAGUAUAAGAUACAUAACGUAAACUACGAAGAAAGUUUGAUGAGUACUCGUUUGGGUACACACAUUUCAGUAUGCGAUAUCUGUAAACAGUGCUUCAGAACUAGAAACAGCCUGCUGAAUCACCAAGCUAGGAUUCACUCAGUAAAUUCAAUACAACCGACUAAAUCCCCAUCUGAUUCACAAAAGCGAAAACGGUCUGAACAUUCCAGAACAGUUCAUAGUGGUAAUAGAAAUUUAAAAUUUUUUUGUAGCCAAUGUAAUAAAGGGUUUCCUGUAAGGUAUGCGUUAAUGCUCCAUGAAGACUCAGUUCACGGUAUACGACGUGCAAGACAGUUCAUAUGUGAGUUCUGUGACAGAAGGUUUGUUUACGAAUGUCAUUUAAAAUUCCAUAUACCAAUCCAUACGGGGAAGUAUCCUCAUAUAUGUAAAUUAUGUGGCAAAGGUUUUUUAUUACCAAGCCAUUUAAAACUUCAUGAGAAUGUUCACACGGGUCAUAGGCCGUAUGUUUGCAGGUUCUGUGGGAAGGGAUUUAAACAGAACAGUAACCUAGGGUACCAUGUACAGGUGAUGCACAUGAGAAAACCGUUCCAAUGUGAUACGUGCGGUAAACAGUUCUUCAGUAGGCAGAAUAUAAUCAGACAUGUACAGAUUCAUUUGAGGCAAAAUGGGACAACAAACAAAAAUUCGUAAAAAAAUAACUAACUAACUUGUGUAUUGUUACAAUUUUAUCUUUAAUUUUCAACUCUGUACUUUGAAUAUGACUACUUAACGCUAGGUCUGGUGUCAAAGUGAAAGUUUUAAAUGUGCUGUUCUCAGCACUUUACAAACCUUUUUUCAAAAAAAAAAUAUAUACCAACAUAAUAAAUUGUUAUACACAGUU